AUGAAAUGGAACAGUUGCUUUUUAUGUGCUAUUUUAUUAUUGUACAAAAUUUAAUUAGUAGUUAACACACCUUGUAACAGAAGAGAAGCAAAAUUAAAAUCAAUAAUUAGGGGUAAAUAUAAAAACGUGAUAAACUAUAACAUGGGAACAUUAAUUUCAUCCAAAUAAUAAAAUGGAUUUGCUGUAGGCAUUUACGGCAGUUGUUUACGUGAUAAUAUUUAUACUAUUACCGGAGGAUAUGGAUUUACAUCAAGUGCAAUAGGAAAUUCAAUAAUAUUCGAUUUAUAAGAAUAAUACGAAUUAAACACUUUAAAAAUAUGGCUUUGGGACUAAUCCUACAGAUUCUAUCGAAUACAAAUUUAUUUAAUAUAUCAACAAGUAGAAACCAUAAUCUAUGAGAGCAAUUUUGCUUAAAGUAUAACUACUAUAACUUUUCCUGUCUAAUCUGUUUAAGGAUUUAAAGUAUACAAUCUUAAUGGAAAUACUCAAAAUACUGGGCUUUUUAUAAUCAAAGCAGAAGCUUAUUUUAAGCUACAAACAAAUAUUUGA